ACUCAAGCAUCACCGGGUGCGGAACGCAGAACUGCAGGCGCAACGUAACUUGUGUCUCCCAGACUAGAUAUUAACAGGGGGUCAGACACGAAGAUCGGGUGCGUGUGAAGCCGGUUGAGGUGUGACUUGUGCGUGUGGCGGUUCGUGAUUUCCGGGGUGGUUCGUCGCUGGGUCAGGACGGCGCACGAGGGUGGUAUCCGUGACAGGGUGCAGGGGGUGCUGGGAGGUCUUGCAUCACCCCAGAGGGUCCUCGGCUACCUCUCUAAUCGGUUGGCGCCCAGUAUACCUGAGCCAGGUUUGUGAUCAUGGCGGGCGUCACAAAGAGCGUCGUGGUGAGCGGUGGAGGUGUAUCGCGAGACGCGUUUCGUGCCUAGGGCACACCAUCUUCAACAACCGAGUGACCUGACCCAAAAUGGCGCUGCCGUCGUCAACCAACCCAUUGACCGCCUGCUGAGACUAGGAGCCGUGUUUUGGGCACACCAUCUUCAACAGCGGCUGAGUGACUCGACCCAAAAUGGCGCUGCCGUCAACCAACCCACUUACCGCCUGCUGGGACUACGUGGGAGUUCUCACUGUCCCAGUAGUCAACCUGGAGGUCAAAGAGGUAAAGGACAUAGUAUGGGAGAAGCUGCAGGAACCUAAAUCGCAGCGGAAACUGGUUCUGGUGAUUGUCUCCAUAGCGCUACUAUUGGACAACAUGUUGUACAUGGUCAUCGUACCCAUCAUACCAGACUACCUGCGCUACAUUGGUGCCUGGGGCGAAGAGGAAGCCCGCUUAGCUCACAACCUCAGCUUACAGGGGAAACCACGACACCACUCACACCACGGACAGGACUCCGCCACCGGUAUACUGUUCGCAUCCAAAGCUAUCGUGCAGCUCAUGGUGAACCCAUUCUCUGGUGCACUGAUUGACAGGAUAGGCUACGACAUUCCUAUGAUGAUCGGGCUAACCAUCAUGUUCCUCUCUACAGCUGUAUUUGCUUGUGGUAGAAGCUACGGUGUACUAUUCUUUGCUAGGAGUCUACAAGGUGUCGGUUCUGCUUUUGCAGACACCUCAGGUUUAGCCAUGAUAGCUGACCGUUUCACCGAGGAGAACGAGCGGUCGAAAGCUCUGGGUAUUGCACUAGCCUUCAUCAGUUUUGGGUGUUUAGUAGCCCCGCCGUUUGGGGGUGCUCUGUAUCAGUUCGCUGGUAAAGAAAUGCCUUUUCUAAUCCUUGCAUUUGUAUCACUAGCUGAUGGUUUCAUGCUGCUCAUCGUAAUGAAACCUUUCAAACAACAAAUGAAGGAGGCGAGAGAGUAUGAUGCAUCAAAGAAAGCUGGGGUACCCAUCUGGCAACUCUUCAUGGAUCCUUACAUCGCGGUGUGUUCUGGAGCAUUGAUGAUGUCCAAUGUUGCACUAGCCUUCCUGGAGCCUACAAUAUCCUUAUGGAUGGAGGACAACCUUACCACGGACAACUGGAAGAUUGGGAUGAUUUGGUUACCUGCGUUCUUUCCCCACGUUUUCGGGGUGGUACUGACUGUGAAAAUGGCUAGAAAAUACCCUCAAUACCAAUGGGUAAUGGCUGCUGGCGGCCUAGCUCUCGAGGGUCUAUGCUGUUUCAUAAUACCCUUCUCCUCUUCCUACAAAGUCCUCAUGAUACCCAUUUGUGGUAUAUGUUUUGGGAUAGCUUUGAUCGACACAGCACUGCUACCCACUCUGGGUUACCUAGUAGACGUCAGACAUGUAUCCGUGUAUGGAAGUAUCUAUGCUAUAGCUGACAUCUCAUACUCGUUGGCGUAUGCUGUAGGGCCUAUAAUCGCGGGAGGGGUUGUGGAAGCUAUAGGCUUCACAGCACUCAACUUUGGGAUAGCGUUUUCCAAUCUACUCUAUGCACCGGUUCUGUACUACCUGAGAAACAUCUACGACUUCAAACCGUUCGAAAACGAGGCAAACAUCCUAAUGUCUGAUCCUCCCGACAAACAAUACCAGACGUACACGAUGCAAGAUCAACAACCUGUGCAAGGAGACUUCAAGAAUCACUUAGAAUACACGAAACACCAGGAGCAGGAUAACGGCUACUCCAUGCAUGAUGGAGGGGGGAUGGAGGAGACCAGUUUAGAUAGACAGAUGGGUGGGGGUGAUGAUUCAUAUCAGUACAACAACUAUAAACAACCUGAUCAACAACAGUACAGAUACCAGCAACAACAGGGGGGCUACCAACAGCAGGAUUAUCAACAACAGGGGUACCAACAGCAGGAUUAUCAACAACAGGGGUACCAACAGCAGAAUAUUUCAAGGCAGCCUGAUUACCAGGCUCCAGCUCGACCCCCUCCACCUGGUUCACAGGGGGGAGAAGCCACUAAUCCCUUCAGGAGAGCUGAGCCUACCGAGAGACCAGCCGAUAAGAACCCUUUCAGACAGAAUUAUUAGACGAAUAAUUAAAUUAAUAAAUAAUGUAUGCUGUUGGGUUACUGAGAAAAUUAAUAUCUUUGAUAUCAAAUUGUUUCUGUUAUGUUCUAAGAUACCAAUCUGAGAGACUUCUCUUGUUCUGUUCGAACUAUUCCAAAACGUUUAUCAAAUCUAAGAUUAAGGGUAUUGAAAAAUUCGUUUUCGAUGUGAUUUCAGAAAUUCAUGACAGAGUUAUUGGACGAUUAAUUAAAUCGAUGAAUGUUUAGUAUUUGGUUACUGAGAAGAUUCACUUAUUAUUUGUUUUGUUCUGACAGAAUAUCUUUGUUCAUUUCAAACUAUUCAAAAACGGUUCAUAAACUCAAGAAUAAGAUUAUUGAAACAUUCGUUUUUGAUGUGAUUUCUGAGUUUCAAGAGAUAAUAAUACAAUUAUUAGUAACUAAUAUGAGAAGGCAGAAUAAUAGUUAUAUUGGAAUAUAUAUCGUCUACGAAUUUCAAGUUACUAACCAAAAUAUAAGCUGGAUAGACUUGAGAUAUGAUUGAAAUGUGAUAAAAAUUUAGAAGAAGGUUUUAAUCAAACCUGAACUCAAAUGAACAGUACGUUGUAGUGAUUUCAAGGAAUAUGUAUUUCAACAAAAAUAAAUGGUAACACGAAAUAUUGGAAUUGAAGUAUCGGUUAUGAUGUAAUAAUUAUUAUGAGUUCUAAAUAACAAUCGUAUAAAUUAUGUUAGAUAAGUUUCGAAUGAUAUUAAAGUGUUAAACGUCGUAGAUAGAGGUAUCUUGAUAUAGUUGAACAGUUACAUUGAUAGAUAAAUAAUAAAUUGAAACAAUUGUGUAUAGUGUAAAAUUAUAAUUCAUCAUGUUAUAUACUACUUAUCAUUAAUUGUAUGAUAGAUGGCUACUUGUUAUAGACUUAUCAUAUCUUUAUCGUGAAGUUAAUCUAUUAUAUUUGUGAUUUCAGUUUCAAGUUAAACUGUAACUAAAUAUUAUUAUAAAUAUGUAUCAUGUGUAAAAUUGUAUAACCGUUGUACAGUAUAGAUGUAAUUUGAAUUUUUAUUGUAAAAAUGUAAUUAGCCUUUGAAUCUUGUCAUAGAACUCGGCUCAUAAUAAUCUUUUAGCAAUUAUCGAUACAUAUCAUCAAUUGGGUAGUAAGAGAGUUUAAAAUUACGAGUAUAAAUGGUUAUGAAUGCAUUAUGAGUGGAUGAGAGUUUGUGUAUUAUCAUAAUUAUAGAAUUUGAAGACUUAUGCUAGGUAAUAAUAUGUUAUAGUUAACAAAAAUUUAGUUCUAUUUGUAUAUAAUUCUUUUUAUUGUAUUUUGUUUACUUUAAAGUGGGGAAAUACUCACAUUCUUUGGUGUCGCAACGACCGUUUCGUGCUGGUGUUGCACAUACUCAAGAUAAACAGAAACUCAAACCUCACCAAGGAAUGUGAGUGUUUUUUCACUUAGAAGUUAUCUAUUUCUAUUGUAACUUCCAUUCUGAGUAUUCAGUUAUUCAAGAACUACAAUAAUAAUUUAUCUCAAUUAUUGAGAUUCUAUUGUAUUGUAAUAUUCUCCGUUUGCAUUUAACAGUUAUAGGCUAUUGCAGUUCUUAUAGAGUUCAUUUUUACAAGUAAUUUGUUACAAUAAUUCAAUUCGAUGAGUUACUUUCUUUCCAUGUCCCAUGUUGUAGAUGAGAAAUUUUUUCCCACAGGUGGAAAUUACUGAGAUAUUGCAAUUAUUCAAAUGCUAAUGAAUUUAUAAUUAUUAUUAAACGAAAGUCCAAAUUAAAUGCAGUAAAUCACCUCGGAGACUUCUGCUACUGCAAAUAUUGACAACAGGGUAAACAGCUAGCAUUUCAUCAACAGGCUAGAAUUUCCAUCAAGCUGUUGUCAAUAUUUGCAGUAGCAGAAGUCCUCCAGGUGAUUCACAGCAUUUAAUAUGGUUUUUCGUUUAAUAAUAAUAAUUAUUGAUUCCUUUUCCAUUGUUGAUUUCCUCGCUCCGGGAAAAAGUUGAAAGAUUGAAUCUGAUUGAGAUCCCGGUGUCAGUUGUUACAUUAUCAAUCUCUGAUGAAUUAAAACUAAAAUGAAGAUAAACAGAAGGCCGAGCACUCUUAUUGGUGGAAGCCCUGACCUAUCAAGGUGAUCGUCUCCCAUUGGCCUAGACAAGCCCCUCCCCUAUUAGCGGUUCAUACAAAUAAAUGUUACGAGAAGGCGAUACAAACAGCAAACAAAACAAUGAAAGAUUAUGAAAUAGUUAAAUGUUACGCUCUUUAAAAUGCUACUUUAUUUCUACACAACAGGAAUAAAAUAGCUUUCCAAUGUAUUAUGUUCGAUAACAUAGAAUACUAAUGAAGAAUCAAGGAAGAUAAACCUCGUUAACCUUUUAAAAUGAAUUGAUAAAACCCAAUUCGAAUGGGGAAUCAAGGAAGAUGAAGACUCCUGAGCCUUCCGAAGUAAAUUGAUAAAACCCAAUUCAAAAGAGUUGAAAUGCGCACAAUACAUACACGCACAUCAAUAAUAUAUUAUUGAAUAAUAAAAUCAAAGUAUAAUCUCUCAAAAACUGGAUACAACCUAUAAUUAACCAACAUGAAUAAUCAACUCAAAUAUUGUAAAGUUACAAAUAAUAUUCAUUUUACUUCAAAUACUCUAUAUAGUGAGGUCCACGUUAUAAUGGCAGUGUUUGAUUAGCAAUGGUAUUGCUAUCCUUGUCUAUCAUUCAACAAAGCAGAUAG